AUGGUAGCGGCACACGAGCACAUAGGUGCAGAUAUAAAAAGUGGAACACUCAUGAGGAGAGUCGGAAAUGCACCCUCUAAAGCAUCCGCGAAGGCGACUGUUGCAGCAACCAGCAACGGGGCUGCACCUACGGGUAAUAUUUACCAACGCACUACAAAGCUCAUGAAAAGUCAAGGUGUCCUCGAAUUGCUGAUGAUGUCAGUAGACUCAUGGGUCCAUAAUGAAUGUCUUUGCCUGAAGUCGACACGUCUUAAAGAUGCUGCGGAAGGAGCUAAGCGAACCGUUGAGUGUUAUGCUUACAGGAAAUGGAUUUCUCCUCCUGUCAGAAUAGCUCGUAUACGUCGUCUUCAAAAAUUGACGAAACUAUCAAGGAACAUUGAAGUUACAGUGAAGAACAAGACAGGUAACACAACCGUUUACUUCAGGCUUGCUAACGGAGCGAAUCUCGGUGAACAUGCUGAUGGCUUGGUCAUUAUACUCGGCUGCCACGACAUAUUCCGCUUCAAGUUUCUCGUCAGCUCGGUGCACCUCGAGUGCAUCAUUAAUUUUCGAGAGCUCGAUGGUGCUAGCUGA